AUGUCGACUAUUCUGCGGACGCUGCGCAACCUGCGCCGCAUUGGUAUCAAGGAUUAUGCCCACCAGAUGCAGAACAUCGGUGAUACCAAAGCCGGAACCCUGAUCGGCAUCGACCGCUACGGUAACAAGUACUUCGAGAACAUGGAAGAGGAGCUGCCCCUCCGAACCCGUUGGGUUGACUACAAGACGAACUGGCCCGAGUGGGAUGCUUCUCAGAUUGAGCCCGGCUGGCACGCCUGGAUCUCCUACAUGGUUGAUGCUCCUCCCACCACCGAUAAGCUUAUGCAGACCGGACACCGCGCCUGGGAGCUCCCUGAGCACCGUCCCAACCUCACCCAGACGCGUGGUGCUUUCAGGACUUACUCCACCACCCGCCCUAAGUAUUCUGCCUGGAUUCCAGUUGCCGCUCCCCGGUAA